GGAGCCGCUGCAGGCUCAAUUUGUUUGCUCAUCAUUAGAGCAGCUUCUGUGGAAGAGUAGAGCUGAACAACAGGGGAGAUAAAAGGGAGGAAGACCUACCCUCCAGGGGAUUGUACUAGAGACAACAGGAACUAGGCUAUGUAAUAAGCUCAUCACUCUACUAUCUGACCCUAUACUGUAGUGUCGAUUUAGUUUGUCAGUAAAGGAGUACAACACUGGACUGGUCCUGGGACGGAGGUUGCUUUGAAAACAGAAGUCAUGGCAGGUCUCCAGGGAACUACCAAGGACCUUUAGGAGGUUUGGAGGACAAACCAGAAGGAUGGAGGAGGAAGCCCCAGUACCUGAUGCCCAAGACUUUCAUGCCCCAGAAGCCCCCGCAGAGGCCCCUGACUUAGAGGCCCCAGAAGAUCCCCCUGUAGAGAGUGGUGUGUCGGCCGGAGGAGUUCCACCAUCCAGAGACAGCCGUAAACUGGACUGUAUCAUCUGCUUCUGUGCCUUCAACCUGGCUGAGAGGCUGCCACGCAAGCUGUACUGCGGCCACACCUUCUGCCAGGCCUGCCUGAGACGCCUUGACACUAUCCUCAAUGAGCAGAUGUGGAUCCCCUGUCCACAAUGCCGGCAGAACACUCCGCUACCUCGCGGGGGAGCUACAGCCCUGGACCUGGACCUAGCAGCCUUCCUGGGGGUCAAGGCUGACUUGGACAGCCAGAGGUCCAGCCACCAGCAGGGAGGAAGAGAACUUGGCAACCAGCUGGAGCUAAAGCCCUCCUUUGGGAAGCAGCCCAUCAUAGAGCAGCCUCAGGCCACCUGGAACCAUGGAGGACUGGCUGAGCCUCGCUUCCACAGGAGCCCUUGCUGCAGGCGCUUCUUCUGCUGCUGGUGGUGCUGCUAGGAUGCCCAGUCAUGUAUGAAUGACAAGAGUUUUUAAAGCAUCUGGGCAACAGUUUUCCCAUUACAGUGCCAGCUGUAAUUGAUUAUAGGAAUGCCUGGGCUUCCAAGGCUAAAACAAUGGAAAAUAUAGGUUAUAACUAGGGCCUGACUGCGUUAUCUGACCAAAGAAAAAUGUACUACUGAAAAAAAAACACUACUGGGGAUAAGUGUUCACGAGACUGACAAAGUUGUGUGGGGGACAACAUUUUUUCCCCACAUCGUGGGAGAAAGAACGUUUCAGCACUCACAAUGGGACGCUGGAUAAAGACCUCAAUGACCUCACCUACAACCGAAAGACUCCUCUACUGCCUCCUUUCAACUAUGCAGUUGGACAUAUAGGCUAUUGGUACCUUGAUUGUUGAAAGUCCAUUAUUUUAUACACACUUCGUUGAGUUAUAGUAUAAUUUAUCUAGCCGCUCUAGAAUCUCCCAUUAGUGUUCAAUUUGGUUGAGAUCUGGUGACUGAUAGUCAUCAAACCAUUCAGUGACCACUCGUGCCCUGUGGAUGGGGCAUUGUCAUCCUAUAGUAAGCCAUGGUAGCUCAAAUAUAUGCCUGUCCAACAUUUUUAUGCAUGACCCUUAAUUAA